UUUAUAAACACAAUAUGAAUAUUAAUGAAAUUUGGUUUUGCUAAAAACCAGCCGAUGAAAUGUCUCGCCAUCGAAGGACGCUGAUGUUGCUGGACGGGAACGGAACCUCUGGAUUUUCAUUUUUCACUUUAUGGACGAACGGAAAACGGACACCGAGUAACGGUGAAAAUAACAGAAACCCAAAGAGAGGGGGAAAAAAGAAAAAUGAUAAAAAGUUAAAAGAAAGAAAGAAAGAAAGAAAGAGAAAGACUGAAAGAGAGAGAAGAAGAAAGCAAAAGAAAGCAACAAAGCCAAACGCCCUCUCUCUCUCUCAUAACUUUCAACGCAACCAACAAUGUUGGGUGGUCUCCAGAGUCAUGAACUCCUCCCCUUCUUCUCAUUCUCUUCUUCUCCUCCGUCUCCGUCCAGAAUUCCCGCCUCUCCACCUCCCUCUUCCCUCUAGCUCCUCCACCCGCCGCCUCCUCCUCCACCCUCACUCCCCCAGGUACUAUUCUUCUUCUUCUUCUUCUUCUGGUUCUGAUUCUGAAUGCGACUUUCUGGAACUCUCCGAUUUGGUUUGCCUUUUUUGCUUUCCGAGUACUUGGAUUCCUGUUCGCUGCCCUCACUUCUUUCUUUGUUCAUUUCCACUUCGUGAUUGCUUCCCCCGUUUAGUCUGUGGUUCUGAGCUGCGUCUGUUGGCCGGGAAAGUGGCCUGGAGCUCGUCUCCUCUGAAACUUUUUGAGUUGCCGGAUUUGGAUUCCGUGUUUAGGUUAAGCCGGGACAAAUGUGGAUGGAAGUGUGGUAAAUUACAGUGAUGAAAAGCUCUCUUUGGAACGCGCUUUCUUAUCAGAUGAGAAUUCUGGAUUUGAUCGCUUUUUCUCCCACCUUCUUUCCUUUUCACUCCCUAUUGUUUAUUGGAUUCUCUGGGAUUUCUUUGGCUUUGACUUUCUGUCUCAUCUUUUGAGGGGGAACAGCUGUUGCGGAUUUUCGAGAGCGAAGACGAGCUUGCUAUUUGUAGAUCAUUUAUUCCUUUUGCUUCGUUCAGUUUGCUUUUCCUAGUUAGUUAGGGGUGGAAGGCUGUCAGUGAUGAGCUUGCCUACAGUGAUAACUGAAAAAGAUCGAGAGAUUAGGAUCGAGUUCACACAGGUAUUCGGUGUCCUAGAUAUUCAAUCUGCUGAGUUUAGAACACAGCAUAAUUGAUUUUGACUUGUCACCAGAGAGAAUUGAUGUGGCAGUUCAGACAAAUGAGCUGUGUGCUUUUGGUGUAAUUAACUUGUCAAGCUGCCUGGUUUAGCAGUAAACUUGUGGUUUGAUUUUAUGACGUGAAUUUGUUAGGCAGGAUCAAAAUAAAAGUCCAGCCCAGGGACUUAUGCCUGAUGUUAACCCUAGGGAUUCAAUGGUGUGCGCCACUCGGGCACUUGUUAUCGUUGUGAAAUCUGACCAAGUACCUUAGAAGUUUUGUAUCGUGAAGGCAUGCACGAUUUCUCUCAUUCUAAUUAUCUGCCGCUUUAUCAAUGCAGGAUAUACUCUUAAGUUGUACUGUAAUUUCUUAUCCUGGAAAUGGGGACUUAAGAUGAAUAUAUGACCUUUCAGGAGUACAUGAAGUGAAUGCGAGAUUGAUUGGAUCACGUCACAUAUCAAAAUUUGCGUCUAGAAAAAUCUGUGGAGGUACUGGUAAUUAUACAUCGAGAUAUAUGGAGUCGGCAAGAUGUUGGUUCGGCAGAUUGAGGUCAAAAGACAAAGCAAGACCUUCGAAAAAGAAAGAAGCCUCAAGCAAUGGAAAAGAGGGGACUAGAGCACCAAGUAGUGAAGAAUUGCCGUCAAAUGUAACCAAACAAAGGGUAGCAGCUGCAAAGCAGUAUAUUGAAAAUCAUUAUAAGAAGCAGAUGAAAGACCUGCAAGAAAGAAGAGAGCGACGAGAUAUGCUUGAGAAGAAAUUGGCCGAUGCGGAGGUCACUGAGGAAGAGCAAAGCAACUUAAUAAAAUAUUUAGAGAAAAAGGAAACAGAGUUCAUGCGGAUUCUUAGACAUAAAAUGGGAGCUGAUGAUUUUGAGCCAUUGACAAUGAUAGGCAAGGGUGCAUUUGGGGAGGUUAGAAUCUGUAAAGAGAAGUCAACAGGACAUGUAUAUGCAAUGAAGAAGCUUAAGAAAUCAGAGAUGUUGCGUAGAGGCCAGGUUGAACAUGUAAAAGCAGAAAGGAAUUUGCUUGCAGAGGUGGAUAGCAAUUGCAUUGUCAAACUAUAUUGCUCAUUCCAAGAUGAAGAGUAUCUGUAUCUUAUAAUGGAAUAUUUACCUGGUGGGGAUAUGAUGACAUUGCUUAUGCGGAAGGACACCCUAACUGAAGAUGAGGCUAGGUUUUAUGUUGGUGAAACUGUCCUGGCUAUUGAAUCUAUCCAUAAGCAUAACUACGUCCAUAGAGAUAUCAAGCCUGACAAUUUGCUACUAGACAAGCAUGGUCACAUGAAGCUCUCUGAUUUUGGACUAUGUAAACCACUAGAUUGCACUAACCUCCAAGAAAAAGAUUUUACAGCAUCAAAUAAGCUUAGUGGGGUUCUUCAGAGUGAUGGACGACCUGCAGUACCAAGACGCACACAACAGGAGCAAUUGCAGCACUGGCAGAGGAACAGGAGGAUGCUUGCUUAUUCAACAGUUGGAACACCGGACUACAUUGCUCCUGAGGUUUUGCUGAAGAAAGGAUAUGGAAUGGAAUGUGACUGGUGGUCUCUCGGUGCUAUCAUGUAUGAGAUGCUUGUGGGAUACCCACCAUUCUAUUCCGAUGAGCCAAUGUCAACUUGUCGGAAGAUCGUUAAUUGGAAGACUCAUUUAAAAUUUCCGGAAGAAGCAAGGCUAUCUCCUGAGGCUAAGGAUCUGAUCUGUAGACUGUUAUGCAACGUGGAACUGAGGCUUGGUACUAAGGGUGCGCACGAAAUAAAGGCACACCCUUGGUUUGAAGGCGUUGAAUGGGAGAAAUUGUAUCAGAUUAAAGCUGCAUUUAUUCCUGAGGUCAACGAUGAGUUGGACACUCAAAAUUUUGAGAAGUUUGAUGAGGAUGACAGCCAAAUGCAUACCCCAAACAAAUCUGGACCGUGGAGAAAGAUGCUAUCAUCCAAGGAUAUAAAUUUCGUGGGUUACACAUACAAGAACUUCGAAAUCGUGAAUGACCAUCAAUUGCCUGGGAUAGCUGAACUGAAGAAAAAGAGCACAAAGUCGAAGAGACCCUCGAUCAAGUCCCUUUUCGAGGACGAGGCAGCAGAGGACGACGCCAUUCAAGAACAGCCAGUGCAUGGCGGCGGCAGCUUCCUAGGACUUCUGCCUCCUAAACAUGACCAUUAUGGACAACCGAGUAGAUCGAAAUGACUUCUUCCGACUCGUUUGGCAACAGAGGUGUAUUAAUUUCUGACUGGAUGUGUUGACGUGUGUUACACCACUUGAGCUGAAAGCACCAGGAAGAAGGAAGAUCAAAACCAGCUGAAAUAGUGAGAGAAUAGGUAGCUAGCUAGCUGCCUUUGGUUCGCCAUUUUGUGGAUUGGUUUUUCUACUGGAAACACCAAACCAGCGUGUUGGGGAGCACAGAAGUGACAGUUUUUGAAGUUCUCUUAUCUGAGAGCUUGUUGGGUGACGAGCUGGAUUGGUGGCGGCGGUGGAUUGCGUUAAUGUAAAAUGCUAAGAGUUUUGAGUAUAUAUUCUUUCAGACAUCGUUGUUGUAUUCAAUUGCCUCUCUGUCAAUCAAGCUGUGAUAUAAAUAUAAUAUAUAAAAUUAUAUAUAUCCAUAUCGUUUGACCACCUCUUUGUUUUAGGGUUAAUAUUUUCAUAUAGCCUGAACUUUGACCAAAAUAAACAUCCUGACCAAUC